GUCCCGACGAGUGUAACCGAACGGCAGCUCCUCGCUGUCCAUGCCUUUUGGUGUCGCAGGGAGAGGGCCAGCGGACGGGCAGGCGGUGGCCUGCAGUGGGAGAGAAUGCGAGAGAAGGGACGUUGGUGUGUCUGGAGUCGAGGUGUCGCCCUCUCGGCGCUUGGUUGCAGUGGCCAGGAUCAGAAUCGCAAACCGUCCUCGGAACUAGCGACCUCUAGGUCCGGCGCUCAACUGACGUCGGUCAACGUCUUGAGCAGACACAUGCACUUUCUCUCGGUGCUACCUGCUGCACACGUCUGUCGCCUCCACUGCCUUGUACUCAAACAGUUUUCUUGCAAAGCGCAACAGGAGGCACACCGCCAAGACCCACUUUCACCUACGGUGCACACAAAAGCAACGUGACGGCGCCGGAAGAAAUCAUGGUUACACAACACACGGAAAGGCGAUAUAUACUACAGUUUGCAUUCCGCUUGGCUCGCGCAUUGCGUGAUAGGCAGCUGGCCUUCCAAGCCCGUAUCCAGUCCAGUUUGAUCUCGUUCAU